GCUUCCUUCAUGCGUCUUCAUACUUGGAUGGAGCGUUGUUCAUUUUGGAGCCCUAAAUUCGAUUUUAUCAAAUAACUCUUGUUUCUUCUUAAUUAUGUCAGUGAAAAUAUCCAUCAUCUCUCUCUUAAUAUCUCUUUUUCCUCGAAUUUCUUCGAUUGUUGUUAUAUCGGCUCUGAUUGCACCAUUAAUCUCUGCCGUAUUUUCUCACUCCAACCAUCCACACAAGUUUUCACCCUAUCGUCAUUCAUUUUCAGAUUCAAAUAAAGCUGGUUAUAGACUGUACAAGAGCUUAAUUAUGGAUGAGGGGCGGAUUUGUGCUUGCUCGGAGAAAUACUUGUUUGCAUUUGAAAGAAACGGCUCUAUCGCGUGGGCACUACACUUGAACUAUACGUGCAAUGCGAAUAUAGCUCCAGUUCAUGGAGGAUCAAGCAAGAUAUAUUUAGUUGCAGAAAACAAAGUGCUAAAAAUAUAUCCUCUAAGGAUUAGAACCAAUGAAGCUGCUGUACAAGUAUUCUUUGAAUGUGCAGAAGAGAUUGUUGGAAUCUCUGCAAGCUUAUCGAGCUCUUGCGUGCUCAUUAAUGUCAAAAAUCGAGGCCUCUUUGCCUAUCGGUUGCACGGGCAGCUUUUCUGGAGCGCUGGUCCUGUGCUGUAUCAGCAUGGAUAUCGCCAAGGUUGUAGGAAAAACGUUACAGACUGCUAUUUUACUUCGGCACCUGUGAUUGAUCACUGUGAAGCUAGUAUUUUUAUGGCUAACACGGUAGGGGAAGUGUAUUCGUUAUCAAUCCGUGGCCAUCAUUUUAAAUGGAUCCAAGAUCUUAGCUCGUUUGGAAAUGCAUUUAGGAUUACUGCUGGAAACAAUGGCCUUCUGUAUGUCACUGUACCGGAUAGAGCUCUCGUUCUGGCAUUGGAUGUUUCUAGAGGAAAUGUUUUGUGGCAAGGGACUAUUGGGCCCUUGAGCUCAGCAGACUGUGAUCCAGUUGUUGAUGCAAAUGGUUGGAUAUCUUACAGCUCACUGGAUGGAUUUCUGUAUUCGUUUUCAGCAGCGGGAGAUCUCAAGAAGUUCCCUAGAUCAGCUAGUUGGAGUUCUGUUAUGCAAGUUAAUCCGGUGCUUGAUUGCUCCGGGUAUGCCGUGUACAUCUCUCAGACAGAAGUUGAGGAGAAAUUUUCCCAGAAAAUUGCAGAUUACACUCAUGUAUCUGCAUUGAAACCUAAAGCUGUUGCAUUCACUUCUCUUGUUCCAGCUUCUGGUUCCAUCCUCUGGUUUGAAAGUGAUCCUAGUACACUCUUGUUACAGCUCUCCCAGAGUGAUUUGCAACAUUUUUUGGUGGAUGAAAGAACUCUUCUCACCUUUUUUGCUGUCUCAAGAAAUGGCAACCCGUUGCCUUGUCGUACCACCCGUCAGAAACUCGCAUCUAGCUGCGCACAAGUGAAGCCCAGGAGCUCAAGUAUAUACACAGGAAAUAAGCGGACAAUCACAUUGUUUCUCAUGAUGGAAUCCAUAGUUUUGCUUCUACUAGCCGUGCUGGUGAGAUUUUGCUGCGUUUUCUGGAAGAAAAAAAAGCUUCAAGGUCUAGACCUCGGCAAAUUCCUUGAGAAGAGACGUUCUCUACGAUCCCAGAAGAAAGCAUUCGACAAAAUGAUCACAGAACUCGAGCAAAGGGCAUCAGAGGAAGCAGCUGCAGAGCAAGAAGAGGCGCUGCAGAAGCUAGGCCAUCUGGUUAAAGAAAGGGAGAGCAUCAAGAGGAAGCUCUCUACUACGUAUAGCUUAGGAAGAGACGGGGAGGGAUCAUCGCGUCCCAAGUCCCUUCUCCCGCUGCACGAUGGGAGGAGCAGAAGCUACUCCUUUCAAGGAUCCAUGAAAGAGAGUGUCACAAUAUUCCACACACUCAGUGAUGAUGAGAGUAGUAGCGAUUCGGAUGAGGAGCUGAGCAGCCUCAUGGAAGAGGCGGAUGACGAUCUCUCUCAAGAUGAAGCUGUUGGUGCAAUUGCAAAGGGAAAGGGAAAAGCUCUAGUUGGAGGGGAAAGCUCUAGUGAUUAUGAGACUAGUGAGGAGGAGUAUAUGAUGAGGCCAUUGUUUUUGAAGCAUUCAUUUAGUGAAGUAGAGGAAGUGAAGAGAGAGGAUGAUGAUGAUGAUGGUGAUUCACAUGGUGAAAGUAGAAGCUUGAGGAGAAGAACUGUGUCUUUCACUGGAUAGGUACGAACACAAAUUAACUUGGUUUUUGCUUGGGUUUAUGGAAAAAAUUCUGUAAUGUUUCCAAAUUACGAAUAUAUAUUUAGUUUAGAAAUACUGAAUUUGAGGACAUUAAGAA